CUGAUAGAUUGAUGUAACGAUGUUAUCCACCAUAUAUCGAAUCUGCUUUGAUUCCAUUAUUUUCGGGGAAAAUGUAUAAUUUUCUAUCAGAUUAUAACGACAUGAUGUACGAAUUAUCAGAAUUAUUAUCAGAAUUUACAUAAUACCAGUCCCUAAACUUAUACCACAAGAAAUAAUCACGAGUUUAGCAAAGGACCACCAUGCCUUAAUUAACAGCAACGAGCGUAGGACUGAAAUGUUGAGAAUCGUAGUUUGGGGAUUCAAUCGUUAAGUGGUGAAAAAAGGGAUGGCUGAUUUGUACUUUAUCCUUGAGGCAAAUAAGCCUGCAAGUGGAAAAGGCCAUCUGGAGAGUGGAGACCGGCAAUUCUGCACAGCGGCGUGGUGUUUAGCUCUGUGAUUGAAUUGAAGACGAAGAGAAAAUUCGAAGGAGAGAGAAGAAGAAAGGAGAAGCCGGAGAAGAAGAAAAGCUAUGGCAGAUUCUGAGAAAUCGUUUCUGAUCAGGCAGUGGGAUGAGUACAAAGGGUUCUGGGCAGAGAGGUUCUCGUUUCUGGACAAUUACUCGAGGUUCGUCAAGCGCGACAAGCCCCUCCCGUCUUGGUCCUCCGAUGACGUUCAAGAGUUCAUCGCUUCUGAUCCCCAUCACGGCCCCACUCUGAAGACUGCUAGAGAAGCAGCAUCCUUUGGUCUUACUGGAAGUCUUCUCGGAGCAGUAUCAACUGCUGCUUUUGCCUGGAAAUACUCAAAGAGCCCACAUGGUGCUGGGCUGUCCUUCAUUGCCGGCGGUGCAUUUGGUUGGACAUUUGGUCACGAAGUCGCUAACCACUGGUACCAGCUUUACAGGAUGGACACUAUGGCCGCACAGGUCAAGUUCUUGGAAUGGUGGGAGAAGAAAUCCGAAGGGCACUCGUAAGAUUUCCCAUGAUCUCGAACCCAAAUCCAUCUCUUUCUCCUUCCCCCAUGGUUUGAUUUUGAAAGAUCCUGUAACUGUUGAUUGCUCUCUCUUACUGAACCGGAGAGGCUGUUGCGUUUCUUUUUUUUUCUGGAGUCCUUUCAAUCCGUCGUAACAGUAAUAAUAGUAAUAGUUACAGGGUGGUUUUUCCCUCCCGCCGUUGAAUGAGAUGGCAAUUUCCUUCGUGUUGUUGAGGGUUUUCAUCAUGCUGUUCUUAUUUAUUAUCAAAUUCGUUCUCAAAUCUUAUGUUGAGAUUAACUCCUAAACAAUGGAUUUUAGUGUGUUUGAAAUAAAAACACAGAUGUAUUCCAUUGUACGAUCGGAAAUCCCAAGUUUAAGGCCCAAUCGAUCUCCAUUUCCCAACUUCUAUCCAUUCCAUACAAUAAGAGAUUAAGGGGUCGUUUGGUAGUUGUGAUUGUUAGAGUUGUGUUUAUUGAAUACAUGCAGUGUGCACAAUACAAUGUUUGGAAGUGCCAAAGUGUAAAACAAUGCAUGUAUUGUUUUAGGUAGAUCCCAUCAACAAUUACAAAAAAUCAUGCAUUUUACAAUCUCAACUAAAAGUUGUGAUUGUUGAUUUUAGAUUUGUGUCCAUUUUUUCUUUCCAUUUAUAUCCCUGUUAGUUUUUGUCUUAUACUAAAAGUUGAGGAUAAAUGUGACAUUUUUCCAUAAAGUAACUUUAUGCAAGCCAAUACAUAAAGUAGAAUCUCAACAACCAAACAAUGUAUUAUUGCAAUGCAUUCAUCUUUAAAAAUAUAUAAACACUUUCAGAAACUGCCCUGUGCCACGUAAGCUUUGCAGCCACGUCCGUGUUUUUCGGAAUUAGCCUGAUUUUUUUUUAAUUAGGCCACUACAUUCCGCCGAUUACAUUUCCCCGCUCACCAUUAUUUUUACCACAUUUUACUCUCGGUGAAUGGAAUUUUCCCCAUUACCAGAUCAACCUUUUGCAUAAAUAAAAAAUAUUCAAAUUCAUAAGCAUUGGAAAAGCCAUUAUAAAAAAAAAGCCAUUAUCAACUACCGAAAGAAACGGAUGAUUCUCUCUUAACUUUUGUUUCUCGAACCGGGUUAGAUGUUGAAGAGAAAAAUUAGUGGUUUAUAAUUCAACAAUUAAUUUUAUAGGAUCGUUAGUUAACCAUUGAUAUAAUUAUUCAUGUAUUCACAAAAAAGACAUAUACAACACGAAUUUAAAACUGAAUUUAUCAAUGAUCGUAAAUAAUUUCAAAUCUAUAUUAUUCAUCAUCAAAAGUUAUAACAAAUCAUUCAAACUACCUCAUAAAGAAAAUCAUAAUUUUUUUUAUCAAAUUUAAUUUAGUAAUUAUGGUAACAAUCUGCAUCAUAUAAACCUGAGAAGGAGGAUGAGAAACAAAGAAAAGGAAGUCGAAAUAAAAGUAGCAGGUUAUCUCAGUUUACAUUAAAUUACUUUUUUUCUUCAUAAUUUCCCAAAAAAUUACGAUUUUAGUUAUGAGUUUGCUAUCCACCUAUAAAAAGUUUAUCAUAUAUCACAAAAGAACUCGGAUGUAUAUUGGAAAACGCUAAUUUCGCUGGAUGUUUUUGAAUAAAAAAUUAUUAAAAUUUAGAAAAUUAAAUUGUGGAAUAAGUACUGAAAAUUGUGUUCGUAACUGAUAUGGAGAAGAGUUUUCAAAUCAUUUUAUAUUUAAAAAAAAAUUGAAACUCACCCCGCCCAAAGGGCGGGUACGAAGCUAGUUGUACCAAUACAUGUAUUUAUUUUAUUGUGAUUCAUUACAAUUCAACGAUUUAACAUUCGCAACUUCCAAACGACCCCUAAGUUCAAGAGUCUAAUAAUCUUAAUCUAUCGCA